AGAAAACAUACCCCAUAGAGACCAUCUUCUGGCAGAAGAUGAUAGACUGGAACCAGAAAGAGGAGGAGCUGGAAGCCAGGAAUCCAAAGUGAAGAAACUCUGCGAGCCCUUGGGUGAGAAAGGUUCCCAUCACUGUCACCAUGCCAGAAAUGACAGAGCAUGAGACGCCGAUGAAGAAGCAGCACAGAAAGAAGAAUCGGGAGACACACAAUGCAGUGGAGAGGCACAGAAAGAAGAAAAUCAAUGCUGGGAUAAACAGAAUAGGAGAACUGAUCCCGUGUUCCCCUGCUCUGAAGCAGAGCAAGAACAUGAUCCUGGACCAAGCCUUUAAGUACAUAACAGAACUGAAGCGGCAGAAUGAUGAGCUUCUGCUCAACGGAGGGAACAGUGAACAAGCUGAGGAAAUUAAAAAGCUACGGAAACAACUGGAAGAAAUUCAAAAAGAAAAUGGCCGAUAUAUUGAAUUAUUGAAAGCAAAUGACAUAUGCUUAUAUGAUGACCCCACAAUCCACUGGAAAGGAAAUCUGAAGAACUCAAAGGUGUCGGUUGUUAUUCCGAGUGACCAGGUCCAAAAAAACAUCAUUGUGUAUUCCAACGGGAGCCAGCCUGGGGGAAACAGCCAGGGGACAGCCGUUCAGGGAAUCACCUUUAAUGUCGGUCACAGCUUACAGAAGCAAACUGCCAAUGUGGUGCCAGUGCAGAGGACCUGCAAGCUUGUGACUCCUGUGUCUAUUUCUGGAGUUUACCCUUCGGAAAACAAGCCGUGGCAUCAGACUACAGUGUCUGCACUGGCUGCCAACCAGCCUGUUCCCCUUUGUCUUCCCGCUGCCAUUUCUGCUCAAAAUAUUCUCGAACUUUCUACUUCCGAAAGCCAAUCAAGUGUGCUUGGUGCCACUGGCGGCCCACUGAUCACCGUUGCAGUUGGCCCUGACCCUCACCAGCAUCGUCCCUUGCACACAUGCCUAAAUGAUCAAAAUGCUCCAGAAAAUAACAACGGGCAAGAGAGCCCUAAAUCAUCAAAGAAAACAGUUGCGUGUGUCACAAGCAUCUCCUCCGGCAACUCAGCAGCUGCCUCUAACGUCCAUCAUGAAACCAAAUCUGGCCCAGGCGUGCAGGACUUCAGUGAAGACUUGCAAAACACCCUUGCUGUGUCAGCUACCUCCACAGCAUGCUCCGAGCCUCCCAGAUGUAUGGGUGACUCUUCCCCGGGGAGCAUUAGCAAGACAGCAGACUCAACGAAUACGACAACAGUGGUGGCCCCAGCUCAUGCCGGUGUAGUGAAGACCACCCUCCCGGUGAGCAGUCUCUCUGCAAAUCCUUUGGACAGUGGUUGGACCCUUUCUUGUUCUUUGCCUUCUUCAAGUGUUAGUGCUUCAGAUUUGAAAAACAUCACUAGCCUUACCCGAAUCUCUUCAGCUGGAAACACACAGACAACAUGGACUACUUUGCAUCUGGCAGGAAACACUAUCCAGCCUUUGAGCCAGACACCGUCUUCUGCUGUGACUCCAGUACUGAGUGAGUCUGGUACCAGCCCUACCCCGAGCCACCACAAGCAUGUGGCUACAGGCAUCACCUUAAACACUUCCCUUCCAGCAGAUGGACCACCAGCUGAGCACGUCAUGGUAACUUUGCCUUCAUGUCCACCCUUACCUAUGCAGCCACCAACUGCCCAGCCACAAGUUAAAUCUCAGCCUCCAAAAAAUAUCCUUCCCUUGAACUCAGCAAUGCAAGUGAUUCAGAUGGCUCAGCCAGUUGGGUCAGCUGUCACUGCGGCUCCAGGUAACCAAAACGUUAUCAUUCUUCAGCCACCCAGCACGACCCCAUGCCCAGCAAUGAUGAGGGCAGAGGUUCCCAGCCAAGCAGUAGGUCAGCAGAUUGUCAUCAUACAGGCAGCCAAUCAGAACCCAUUGCCACUCCUCUCUGCUCCCCAUCCGGGCCCUGUUCGACUUCCUGUUAAUGGGGCCAGUGCUAUAAUAGGGUCUCAUAAUUCUGUGCAAAAUGUGCCAGCCCCACAGACUUUUGGGGGGAAGCAUCUUGUCCACAUAUUACCAAGACCUUCAUCUUUAUCCAUGUCUAAUUCAACCCAAACCUUUUCUGUUACCAUGUCAAACCAACAGCAGCCUCAAACCAUUUCUUUAAAUGGACAGCUCUUUGCUUUGCAGCCUGUUAUGUCUUCAUCAGGAACUACAAAUCAAACCCCUAUGCAAAUUAUUCAACCCACCACCAGCGAAGAUCCAAAUACCAAUGUUGCCCUGAACACAUUUGGGGCUCUGGCCAGCCUCAAUCAGAGCAUAUCCCAGAUGGCUGGCCAGAGCUGUGUACAGUUGUCUAUUAGCCAGUCUGCUAAUCCUCAGACUCCUGCAAACAGUCAAACCAGUCCUGCUAACGGUGUUCCCCUAGCAACAACUGUAGCACCUCCCGUGACAACAGAAAAUUCAGCCACACUAGCCAGUACUUACAGUCUAACAACAGCCUCCUCCACAAACCCUGUCACUUGUUUGCCCCCUACCAUGAAAUCCAAAAGACUGAACAAGAAGCCAGGUGCCAAGAAACAUGCAGCUAACAAGCCAGCAUGUCCCCCAAAUUCAGUCAGAGAUGUGGGCAAGCUAGAUGGCCCCAGAACAGACAGCUCAGCACAACUGUCGUGUAGUGAUGGACUGCUGGACAGCCUCCCUGUCAGCCUAGCGUCUGCUGCCGUGUCCCAGGCCAAGAGUGUUAGCAGUUCCGCUCCACUGGCCAUUCUGAAUUCUGACUCAGUAGCCCCUGAGUCUGUGUCCAGAUCUAAGUCAGCAGAAGACUGCAGCUCAUCCUCCCAAGAAUCUGAAACAAGUGAACAGUCUGCAGUGGACCCAGCAAAAUCCAAAGAUUCCACUCCCAUCUUGCAAGAGACAUCUCAGGGCACACCACCAACUGCUGUAGCAUUGUCCAGUGCUGCAAAAUCCUGUACCACAACCAAUGUGUUGAUUCCGUCUCCUAUUGAAUCCCAGAUUGUGGUUUCUCAGGUUUCUGGUAUGUCAUCCACUACAAGCACUUCGAGCACUGACUGUAUUUCUGAGGUAGAAACUGUGGCAGAACCUUGCCCAGUUCAGCAGGAUGCACUGGACACCAUGCAAACCCCAGGGCCUUUAAAGGGGCAGGGUCUGACUAUGUUGCUGUCCGAUCUUACUAAAGAGAAAGACCUUCAGAAAUCGUCUCUUUCUGUCCAGAUGGAUCACCCUGAUUUUUCUCCAGAAGACUCUAAGCUGGGUGACUCUAAUGUCGAGUUGCAUCCCAAACAGGAACUGUUACUGCUGAGCGAUGACAGAGACCCAGCACAGCACCGCCCCUGCCUCCCUGAUCAAGAGGCUAUUAAUGGCUCUUUGCUCCCCAGCAGGCAGGCUGACUCUCCCAUGUCAACCAGCUCUGGCAGUAGCCGCAGUUUCUCGGUUGCAUCCAUGCUUCCUGAAACAGCUCGGGAAGAUGUGACCAGCAGUACGACAACUAACGCAUGUGACAGUUGCACCUUUGCAGAGCAAACUGACAUCGUAGCCCUUGCAGCAAGAGCUAUUUUGGACCAGGAGAGCAUUGAGAAGGGAAGGGUUGGCACACAGGCUGAGAUGAGGGAGGUUACUUCCAAGCCUUCUGAAACCUCUUUAGAGGGAGAGCAGCCUUUUAAACCACAGGUCCAUAAGGAGCCUUGCACAGGACAGGCAGAUGCAACACCAAAUGAAUUUAACUCUCAGGAUUCAGUGGAAGUCACAGUUGAUAGGCCUCUCGAAAAGCCUAGCUGUUCUCUGGGAAUUAAAACAUCAAAUGCCUCCUUACAGGUGUCGGCCUCUCAGCCACCAAGUCUUACCAGUUUAAGUGUGAAUAAUCUUAUCCAUCAGAGCAGUAUCAACCAUCCUCUGGUCAGCUGCACAGGGUUAUCCCAACCUUCCGAGCAAACAUCUAUUCCUGUGACCGUCAAUAUGACUGUUGCAUCCAGUUCUUAUGGCAGCCAGCCCCCUGUGCCACCUCUGAUGACAGAAUAUUCCCAGGAACAGCUGAAUAGCAUGACUAGCGCCAUACCAAAUCCACAGCUUCAAGAACCCCUUCCAAAGCCUAGUCACGAAAGCCGUAAAGAUUCUGCAAAGCGCACUGUACAAGAUGAUCUUUUACUGUCUUCAGCCAAACGCCAAAAGCAUUGUCAGCCAGCCCCUCUCAGGCUUGAAAGUAUGCCCCUGAUGAGCCGGACUCCAGACAGCAUUCCUGAUCAAACUCAAAUGAUGGUGAGUCAGAUCCCCACCAACUCUUCAAACUCAGUUGUACCUGCUAGCAACCCAGCGCAUGGUGACGGCCUUACCCGGCUAUUCCCUCCUGGUAACAACUUUGUGGCACCUGCAUUGAGGCAGACGGAAGUUCCAUGUAGUUCUCAGCCUCCUGUUGCUGAGCAACAGCAGCAAACCCAGGCAAGUCAACAUCUGCAGGCCCUGCAGCAGCAUGUACCAUCUCAAGGGGUGUCUCACCUUCAUUCUAACCAUCUCUACAUCAAGCAACAGCAACAGCAGCAGCAGCAACAGCAACAACAACAGCAGCAGCAGCAAGCAGGACAGUUAAGAGAGAGGCAUCACUUGUAUCAGCUACAGCAUCAUGUGCCUCAUGCAGACAGUGCUGUCCACUCCCAGCCCCAUAUUGUACACCAACAGAGAACUCUACAACAGGAAGUUCAGAUGCAGAAGAAGAGAAAUCUCGUUCAGGGUACUCCUGCCUCUCAGCUGUCCUUACAACCAAAACACCAUGGGACUGAUCAGUCGAGACCCAAGAGUAGUCAGCCACAUCCUCACCAUCAACAGAUGCAGCAACAGAUGCAGCAACAUUUUGCAAGUUCCCAGCCGGAGAAGAGUUGUGAAAACUCUUCCACUAACCGGGGUCACCAUAGCCAUGCCCAGAACCAUCUCAAUCAAGAUAUUCUGCACCAGCAACAGGAUGUUGGAAGCAGACAGCAAGGUUCAGCGGUUUCUUCUGACCAUGUAUCUGGACAUAAUCCAAUGCAGAGGCUUUUGCCGUCAAGAGGCUUAGAGCAGCAAAUGGUGUCCCAACCCAGUAUUGUGACUAGGUCUUCAGACAUGACCUGUGCUCCACACAGGCCAGAGAGAAACCGAGUGUCCAGUUACUCUGCUGAAGCACUCAUUGGGAAGUCGUCAUCUACUUCAGAGCAGAGAAUGGGCAUGUCGAUUCAGGGCUCCAGGGUUUCAGAGCAGCUGGAAAUGAGAAGCUAUCUUGAUGUUCCCAGGAAUAAAAGCUUGGCACUUCAUAAUAUGCAGGGUCGCAUGGACCAUCCUGUCCCCCUUCCUGAUUGUCAGACAUUUAAACCAGCUGGAGCCAGCCAACAGCCCCAGAGUAAUUUUGAAGUACAAUCUUCAAGAAAUAAUGAAAUAGGUAACCCUGUGCCAUCACUGAGAAGCAUGCAGUCCCAGGCUUUUCGAAUUAGUCAAAACACUGGCCCACCACCAAUCGAUCGACAAAAGAGAUUAUCUUAUCCACCAGUUCAGAGCAUCCCAACAGGAAAUACUGUCCCACCAAGGGACAAUGAGAAUACAUGUCACCAGAGUUUCAUGCAAAGUUUACUUGCUCCUCAUCUUGGUGAUCAGGUCCUUGGGAGCCAAAGGUCACUCUCAGAACACUCAAGGAAUACACAAUGUGGUCCAUCUUCAACAAUUGAAUAUAAUUGUCCCCCAGCUCGUGAGAGUGUUCAUAUUAGGAGAGAGAGUGAAAGUCAGAAUAGGGAGAGUUGUGACAUGUCUUUAGGUACAAUUAACACCAGGAACAGCACUUUGAAUAUUCCCUUUUCAAGUUCCUCUUCCUCAGGAGAUAUUCAAGGUCGAAACACAAGUCCCAAUGUUUCUGUACAGAAGUCUAAUCCCAUGAGGAUUACUGACAGUCAUGGGACCAAGGGCCACAUGAACCCUCCUGUCACAUCCAACAUGCAUGGGGUUGCAAGGCCAACUUUGCCACACCCGUCUGUGUCUCAUGGGAAUGCUGACCAAGGGCCUCCUGUACGUCAGGCUAACUCUUCAGUUGUCCAUAGGUCAAGACAUCCCCUGCAAGACAGCGGUGGUUCCAAAAUCCGCCAACCUGAAAGGAAUCGUUCUGGAAAUCAAAGGCACAGCAAUGUCUUUGAUCCAAGUCUUCCUCAUCUUCCUCUCUCUACUAGCGGCAGCAUGAUUCUUGGACGUCAGCAACCUGCUGCAGAAAAGAGAGGGAGUAUUGUCCGUUUCAUGCCUGAUAGUCCACAAGUACCUAAUGAUAAUUCAGGUCCUGACCAGCAUACGCUGUCACAAAAUUUUGGCUUCCCUUUUAUUCCUGAGGGUGGCAUGAAUCCACCAAUAAAUGCGAAUACUUCCUUCAUUCCACAGGUUACCCAGCCUAGUGCUACACGAACUCCAGCUCUCAUCCCAGUAGAUCCCCAAAACACUCUCCCCUCCUUCUACCCCCCCUAUUCCCCUGCUCACCCUACUCUGUCCAAUGACAUUUCAAUCCCUUAUUUUUCUAAUCAAAUGUUCUCCAAUCCUAGCACAGAGAAAGUAAACAGUGGAAGUUUAAACAACCGAUUUGGAUCCAUUUUAUCUCCUCCCAGACCCGUUGGCUUUGCGCAGCCAAGCUUUCCUCUUCUCCCUGAGAUGCCGCCAAUGCACAUGGCCAACUCUCACCUAUCCAAUUUUAAUAUGACAUCAUUGUUCCCGGAAAUAGCAACGGCUCUUCCUGAUGGCUCCGCGAUGUCACCUUUGCUCACCAUAGCGAACUCCUCUGCUUCUGAUUCCUCCAAGCAGUCCUCAAACAGACCCGCUCACAACAUAAGCCAUAUCUUAGGGCACGAUUGCAGCUCAGCUGUUUAAAUCCAGAGAGACUGAACGUGGGGCUUCGAGUUGAUGCGACAAAUGUUCUUGUGUGUAUACAUGUGCAUUGAGAGAACUUGAGUGGGUGUGUGUCUUUGUUUUGGAUAGCCAUUUUUCAUUUAGCUUCUGAUUAUAAGGAAGUCAUGUCAGAGAGGAUGCAUACGCUGGGGUUGUCAAAACAAUCAUCUUUCAUUUCUGAGUGAUGUGCUUUCUUUAAUCAUUUAAACGAUUUACCUUUCCAAGUUUGAUUUGUAAUCUUUUAUUCCCAAAGUACUAAUCAACCAGAAGUUAAGGAGAUCUUGGCACAUGCUGGAUGGUAGAAAGGAGCUGAGAUUUCAAAUUCAGUUGUUUCUAAGUUGUAAAACAGAUAGUUGAGAUGGCUGAGUUGCAAAUCCAAAAGCAAAAGCAACUUGAAAAAACACAAUUCAUCACUUGGUUGAUGUCAACAGCUAACAGUUCUGCGCUGCGGCAAGUGAUAAAUUGGUAAUGAGUUAAAUUCCAUAAGUCAAGCAGAUAGAAAAUACAUGAAGUGUUUGAUUCCUGAGCUCUGUUACAGGCACUUGUUUCUUAAUUAUAAUUUUUAAUAAACUACCUAAAUUUCAUGUCUUGUUCUUCAGAGAGCCACAUUAUCCUUUAAUGUGCCAAGAUCAUGUAAAGCAAAAGUCUUCCUUAGACAAUGAGCCUUAAGAGUACAAAGCUAAGACAGAAUACAGGAAUGCUUUCCACUUAGUACUUGGGUUUUGCAUUAGUCCAAAGAAGAACAGCAGUUGUACUGUGGCUUUUCCUAAGGUCAGUUUGUGACCAGUGUUUCACCAGUUGAGUUGAUUGGAUAUAUUCUCCCUUCAUUCUAUUUAUUUGGUCUUGAAACAGAUUAAUUUACAAUCACUUAAGUAUUAGAACUGCUCAUAUUGUGUUUAGAAUAUUGUCUUUAGAAGACACAUUUGAGUCUUUUCAGAUAUUUCUAAAUGGAGUUUUAAGCUGUCUCAGUAUUUUAAUUUACUGAUUAUAUUAAAGGUUGCAUUGUAAAUUGCAUUUUUAUCCUUCAUAAUUUUAAGGAAAUGAAUUCAUUAUUUUUCUUGUAGGUAUGAAAUGGUGCUUCACAAAAUACAUUCUCUAUGUAUAUCAGUGAGUUUAUGAGUGAGAGUGCGUGUGAGAACGGGUUUUAAAGUAUAGACUGGUCCUUGCUAUUGGAGAUGUCUAUCAUAUAUAUAAAUACAUAUAUCAUGUUGUACAUGAUAAAUAAUAUAGUCUUGUCUCAAUUAAAAAUGAACAGUAGGACUGCCAUCUGCAGGUGGAAAAUUGAGACUUUCUCCAGAGCAGUGGCUCUCAGCCUUCCUAAUGCAACCCUAACUGGUGACCCCAGCCAUAAAAUUAUUUUCAUUUCUACUUCAUAACUGUAAUUUUUCUACUGUUAUGAACUGUAAUGUAAAUAUCUGUUUUCCAAUGGUCUUAGAUGACCCCUGUGAAAGGCUGUUUGUGACCCACAGGUUGAGAACUCCUGCUCUAGAGCAUGGGAAAACACGAGGUGGUUUUUUUUUUUUAAUUCUCUCAUACAUUACAUCCCAACCAUAGUUUCCCCUCCCUCCACUCUUCCCAGCGCCCCUCCUCCACCUCUCCUCCAGAUCCACUUCUCCAUUUCCUUCUAGAACAAAAGAGCAGGCUUCCCAGGGACCUCAACCAAACAUGGCGUGACGAGUUACAGUAAACUAGACAGAAACCUAAUAUCCAGGUUGGACAAGGCAACCCACUAGGAGGAAAAGGGUUCUUCUGUAGAUGUUUCUUAACCCAUUGAGUUAGUAACGAUUUUAAAGCAUAUAUUAAAUCUUGAGAGCUUAAAACUAAGAAAAAAUGAUAUGUACUGAAUUUUUAAAAACCAUUUAAACUCUUAGCUUUCAAUUGUUGCUCUGUUCUGUUGAGAACGUUAUCCUAAUGAAGCCUCCCCGGCCUGGUCAGAGCAGAUCCAGCUGAAUGCCGGUCUACAGGCACAGUGGAAAGGAGGGUGCCUGUGCUCGGUCAGCUGUUUUCACCAGACCCCUCCCUCCGCUUCCACCGCCCUUGAAAAUCACCCUGUCCUGGUGAACAAAGCAAACCCGUGUUUCCUCCCCACAGUGUUCCUGGGGGAGAAGAGAACAUCACAGAUGCAUUGCUUAGCACAUGAACAGCACAACAGAUAAGUUACCAAGGACAGAGAGACUUUCCUGAAUUGCUUUUAAGCAUUAAUAUUCAGAGUUUUCUUUGUCCUUGGAAGGUCCAGUUUGCCAAUUUCAUUCUAUAUGGCCAUUGAUGACUCCCUCCCACCUUCUCUUAGUGGCUGUCUUUCACACAUACACCCUUACAUCAUGGUGGCACUUGAGUUCUGAAGGGCAGGCUUGCUUUAUUGGAACAAAGGUUAUAUGCCGUGGAGAAACUCCAGUUUUGUGUUGUUUCUGAGAUAGGGAUCUUGCUGUGUCAUCCAGACUGGCCUUGAGUUCCUGAGCAUAAACAGUCCUUCCACGUCCGCCUCCACUUAGCCAGGCCUAGGGGUGGACUCCACCACCCAGCUGAGGUGCUCCGUUUGCGAUUGCAGCCUAAGUCCUAAAGGCUGUUAAGACUUGGAGUUUGUUUUGGCUGGUUGUCGGCAGCUCAGCUCUGUCCGGAGAUAGCAUUGCAUUGUCAGGGGUUUUGUGCUGAGAGGACAGGACUGGGAUGUUGUCUGACUCUCAGCCUUCUGUGACCAUCUGGAGAGAGAGGUAAAUAAUUGGACUCCCGCUCACAUGUGGCGCUAAUUGAAGACAUAAUGCAUUUGUGUGUGAGAGAUCGUUCCAUACAUGGACUCAGAUGAGAAAUAGUUUGCACUGCACUCCUACUUGGUUUAACAAUCUGGGUACUUAACAGUGUUAAUGAUUAAAGCUACAUGAUUUGGGGAGGAAACUUAAAUGGUUUUUGGUAAUAUCUAGAUAAAACUUUUGUUGAAGUAAUGGAAGAAAAUGCAGUCAAAUUUGGUCAUAAGUUUCAUGUUGUCUAACCUUUUGACAUGACUUUAUAAAACAUCUCCACAGAUAACUUUGUAAUUUCUGGAAAUACACAAAAUCAUGUCUGCCACCUAAGUGAGAGUCAUUGAUCAACUCAUUUUGUUCUAUUUAUUGAUCAUACAGAAUCACUGAACGUGCUUUGUUCCUCUCAGCCUUCCACAGUUAAAUUCUAAUGAAGUGAAAAAUUUUAGAUUUCUCUAUGUAUACUUACUUCUACAGUGAGUUUGUUAAAUAUGUUGAGCAUAGAUGAAAUAAAUCCAUUUUCAUGUUUUUAAUAGACAUUGGGUUUUUAUAAGUCUUAUAUUUCUUCAGGAGUUAUGCUUUUAUUUUUAUUAGAACGUCUCUGAGAUGCCAGUGGUCACUCCCUGUCUGAGUGGAGGGCAGGAUUCCCACAUCGGUGUGAUUUCAAAAGUCUGAGAGAUCUAAACCCUGGGGUUGGGAGGUGAGGUGUCUGCAGCAGUCUCCCGACACUGAUCAGCAUUAUGCUGAACUGCAGUGGAGGCUAGCUUUUUUGGAAGACUUCUUUUGCCUUGCUCUUGCCUUCUGACGUUAGCCAUCUCAUGGAGAGGCUAAAACUUAUACUCCAAAAAAUAAAUCAAAGAAACAGUAGAAAUACGUUUUCAUGGAAACAUUGAAAAUGUUAGGGUAAUGCUUCUUCUUGGUUUUUUCUUUCCUUCAUGCAGUGCUAGGCCCUUGCUGUCUCUCAGCUGUACCACAUCAAACAUGGCAGCCAGCCUGGCCACGUCCCUGGGAUAGUUAUGCCUCUGUUGGGAUGUGAUUGGGGCCACCCUCUCUAUUAGAUCAGCGUGUAGUAGUGAGUCCCAGGUUUUGCCUAUUGGCAACCCCUAUGCCUCCUCCUUAAAGGGCAAUCAUUCCUCCAAAUGCCAGUAUUUUCAAGUUGGUUUAAGAGAUUUUAGUAUGUGAGAAUGACGCAUUCCUUGGACGGGUGAACUUCUCCCCUGUACUGGAAGGAAAGGUUAAAGGUGGUACCAAACUAGAAUAGCCUUGAGUCCAUAUCCUCGGAUGCCUGAAAGUCACUGCAAGUCUGUCACCUAGGUGCUGACUGACUGGAAGAAGUGUGCCUUUGGCUGUUCCAGCUGGAGGGCAAUCACUAGCCAAUGACCAGAGAAAUGAGUGUGGACUUAAUCUCUGGGUGGUGGUUUUGUAAUGUGUAUAUGCAAAUUAAUUUAUUCUAGAGAUGCCUUUCGGGCCGAAUGUUAGCAUUUUGUUUUCCUUCCCCAAAGUUCUACCAAAAAACAAGGAUUUUGUUCCUUUGUCUGUUUUGUUUGCUUGCUUGCUUUUUGCUUAACUCCACUCUGCAUCCUGCCCAUGCUGUGCUGAAUUCUACUAUAGCACAAUCUAAACUGUUCCUAGUAGCCUCAGAUGGAGGCAGUCCGUGCGGGCUGGGAGGACACACUGAGGACCUUGGGCUCAGAGUUUCUGGUUCUAACCCUAUGCCUCUGCUCUGGCACUGCACUCUACCUGAAACUGUGCCUCUGAUCCUGAGACCAGGUCCCAGAACUAUCACCCGGCCAGCCCUGCACUGCAGUGUAGGAGCUCCAGGGAGGGCACGUGCUGUGUAAGCAAACACCUCCUACACACCAAGUACAGCUGAUGCUUAUUACUCUUGCCUUACCACCUCUGAGCCAUCGUCGACAAAGUCACUAGCGAGUUGUGUAGCUGAGCCUGUAAACGCAGAGCUUGUGUGGCAGGUGGUUCUUCCCCAUCUCAUUUCCACGUUUGCAUAAACUCUACCUGGUGGUUGUGUUUUGUUGUUGUUGUUGUGUUUUGUUUUUUGUUUUUGGAAGGGGCAUAUGUAUGUGGUCAGGUGUUUCAGCUUAGGUUGAGAAUGUUGGGCAUAAUCUGCAAGUUGUUUUGGAUGAAUACACAAUCUCAUUAAAUUUCAUGAGACAGACAAAACCUCUCUUGUAGCACAUUUUCAAAAAAAAAAAAAAAAGGGAUCUUUAACUUUUUUUGGGCCCAGUUGUGUGUACAGCUGUACACACAGUAUGUAAUAGGAAACUGUAGUUUGACCUGUUUAAUUUUGUCUUCACUCUUUCUGAGAUCUCUCCGCCCUCCUGCUCCUGAAGUCUUCAAGUCCUUUUCAUCUGUAAGGUCACUGGGCACAGGACUUGACGAUAGUGACAAAUUUUCAGGCUGUGGAACUGUUAACUUCCAAGAAGGGACCAGACGGUGUUGCUUAAAAUGCCACAGUUGUGUUACUGUGAAGGAAAAUUCUUCCAUUUUCAGCAGGGUGUGUGUGUGUGUGUGUGUGUGUGUGUGUGUGUGUGUGUGUGUGUGUUUUCACUUUGGAUUUUUAAAAGGUCGAAAAUUGAGAACAUGAUUACUUUCCCGGAUUAUUUAGGGAUACACUGGUUGUGAUGCUGGCCGCAGACAAGCACCAGGAGAACAUGAGUUUCAGCGCUUCAGUGGUGUGGUCUGUACCUACCACCCAGCCAGCCGUCUUCUGUGCACUGUGUCCUGUAACUGUAACCACUUGCUUUGUAAUUCUAAUGGAAACUACUUUGUUUUGUAAUGGAAUACAGAGCAGAUAUGUCUAAUAUGAUCAAGAUUGCCCUACAGUUGUAAAUAAGAAUAGGUCCUGUUUAUUUUGGCAUCUUUUUACAAAUGCAUUGUAUUAGGAUGUGAAUAUUCCAAAACAUGCUCUUGUUUAAAGUUUUGAAAUUUUUAUUGUUAAAUGUAACAUUUUAAUGGUUGUAAUAAUUAUUUGUAUGGAUAUGGAUAUAGUAUUUUAUUUAAGAAAAUAAACUUUGCAAUUUUUGCAUUGUGAA